UUCAUCAAGUUUCCUCUAACUGUUAAGUCACUCUGAUCUGUGAGUUCCAGGCUCUUACAGUUGGACACACCUUGCCAGUGCCUCAGAAAGAUUCCAUGAUUGUCUUAAUGGAAAAUAUUGGGAAUGACACUGAUUGGUGGGAGUUGAUGGACGAGUUUGAAAAUUUCACUGGCACACCACCCACAGAAGAAUAUAGUCCCUGUAGGAUAGAGAUUGAAACACUCAACAAAUAUACCGUAGUGGUCAUCUAUGCCCUGGUCUUCAUGCUGAGCCUGCUGGGAAACUCCCUGGUGAUACUGGUUGUCUUAUACAGUCAGGUCAGCCGAUCCGUCACUGAUGUCUAUCUGCUGAACCUGGCCAUAGCUGACUUGCUCUUCGCCCUGACCUUACCUAUCUGGGCUGCCUCCAAGGCAAAGGGCUGGAUCUUUGGCACAGCCCUUUGCAAGGUGGUCUCUUUUCUGAAGGAAGUCAAUUUCUACAGUGGUAUUUUACUACUGGCCUGCAUCAGUGUGGACCGCUACCUGGCCAUUGUCCAUGCCACACGCACGCUGACUCGGAAGCGGCACUGGGUCAAGUUCAUAUGCUUAGGCAUCUGGGCCCUGUCCUUGCUCUUGGCCCUGCCCAUCUUCAUAUUCCGUGAGGCCAUCGAGCCCCCCUAUUCCAGCCCAGUCUGCUAUGAGGACAUGGGUGCCAAUACUACAAAAUGGCGGAUGGUGAUGCGGGUCCUGCCCCAGACCUUUGGCUUCCUCCUGCCUUUGAUGGUCAUGCUAUUUUGCUAUGGACUCACCCUGCGCACGCUGUUUGAGGCCCACAUGGGGCAGAAACACCGGGCCAUGAGGGUCAUCUUUGCUGUCGUGCUCAUCUUCCUGCUCUGCUGGCUGCCCUACAACCUGGUCCUGAUCGCAGACACCCUCAUGAGGCUCCAGGCAAUCAAAGAGACCUGUGAGCGCCGCAAUGACAUUGGCCGGGCCCUGGAUGCCACCGAGAUUCUGGGCUUCUUCCACAGCUGCCUCAAUCCCAUCAUCUACGCCUUCAUUGGCCAGAAGUUUCGCCAUGGACUCAUCAAGAUCAUGGCCAUCCAUGGCCUCAUCAGCAAAGAGCACUUGUCCAAGGACAGCAGGCCUUCCUUUGUUGGCUCUUCUUCAGGGAACACUUCUACUACCUUCUAGGCCCCUGCCCCUGUUGCAGCCCCUCGGGGCUCCUCCCUUGCCAUCAGCACCCCAUUCUAAGCCUCACACCCACUGGCUGUCCACAGUCUCUAUGUCAAGGCAGCCCCGUUGUGGUUACAGGAAGUUACUGGGGUCACGUCCUUAUCAGACCCUCCUUGUAUGGUUGAGAAAGCCUGCCCUGCUGCCCCUCCCCUUACUGUAGUUGCUAUGUCAGCUGCUAGAGCUCAGUCCAUCCUACCACUGAGCCCAUAGCACCCUGUCCCCUGAGACACUUAAAGACAUUUAACAGACAUUCUUUUAAGUGACUACAGAAAGUUCCCACCAUUGGGAGCCAUUAGUGGCAAACAGCAUUGGUUGCUGCCCCAACUCUCUCUUUCUUGCCUGUCAGCAAAGUCCAGUUCCCUUGAGAGAGGCCAAAAAGGACAGGUACUCCUUUCUAAGACUCCUUUUUGCUAGGAGUGGCCUUAUCAUUCACUUCUGACUAAUAAGAUUUAAGGGCAUUAGUGUGCUGGUCAACCACUGUCCUGGGGAAAAAAAAGUCCUGAUUUGUAGCAUUUGCCAAGUUGCCUGGUGUAAAUGCUCCACUGUGGCGAUGUCAGGGGUGGUGGUGUUUAGUAACCAGCUCACAAAAAUCUAGGAAAUGUAAUGAUCUGCUUUCACAAGCAGGUACAAACUGGCUUCAGUGCACCAUUGCUUAAGAGGAAGUCUGCCGGGACUGGAGGACUCCUGGGAAGUACUCCUGAUUGAACAAAGAAAGAGAGGGGCACCUGGGCCACCUCAGUUAA